AUGUCUGACAUUCACACGUCGCAUCUCUCCACUCUACAAGCAGGCCUCCUAUAUCUCCACCGGGGCUUACAAGGCCCUGAAAAUGCCAUUGCAGACAGUCCUUUUAUUUGGUCAUUUCUAGGCCUGUUGGUGGGUAUCGCCACAUGCCUCGGCCUGCAACUGGAAUGUCGACUGAUGGGUCUCCCUGCCUGGGAAAAGCGUCUUCGACGUCGGCUCUGGUGGGCACUCUAUGCAGAGGACAAAUGGCGCAGCCUGUUAAUGGGGAGACCACCGUACAUUAGGAACGAUGAGUGGGAUGUAGAAGAUCUUGAUGAUGACGAUUUUAGACUCGAUGGCAUGCCUGUAGAGUUAUUACUUUCCGCGACAACGGAAAACGAAUAUCAACGGAACACCUUACAUGCACAAGUGUUCAGGAACUUUGUUGAUCUAGCGAAAAUUGCCGAAGAACUGCAACACUCCUUAUUCUCCCUCCGCGCUGCUCAGCGCCUUUCCACCAACUUCAAAGAAACACUACAGAAGGCUCAGGUGCUUCUGCGACAUCUUAAAGAAUGGUACUCAAACCUUCCGCCGACCCUCAAACUCCGAAACCGGACGUUUCCAGCCCCCGAUUCCACAGAUCAUCGUCCGCACCAACACACUAACCCCCUGCACUUUGCCUACAUCCUUCUUGAGGUCUUCGUUUUCAGAUCGCUCCUCCGCCCCAUGGUUCGAUCUGCCGCCCCACCGCGUUUAUUCGAAGAGACAGACCUCCAGAAUGCCUUUACCGAUCAGGUAGAUGAUUACAUUGCGCAGAUUGUAGAUUGUGAUGAAGUUGAGCCAACACCGGCAAUUGACAUGUGCAACGGCGGCAGCAGUGUACAUGCAACACUCACAGCUGCAGAGAACUGUGCGGCACGUAUGAUUCGGUUUGUUAUGCGUAUGCCGUGUAGUGAAGGGGGUGUUGAGUUUUGGUACUCCUGGACUCGUAUUGGUUUCGCCACAACGUCGAACUUCAUGUUGCUAUUGCUUGUCCAAGCGCCUUCUGCAGACCACGCGACCCGUGCCCAUAAACUACUACAUAUGUGGCGACAGACUAUCCGAAGGCAGUGUCAGGGAAAUGAAUGGAUGAAGCUGGCUCUUGUAAGACUGGAUGGUCCGCACUGGAAAGGGCUAGACAGAAGCUACUACCUGCCUAAACAUGUUAAAGAGUCAGUCAAUAUGGCUGGGCAAUGA